AUGACUCGCGGCGAAGAAGAGCCCUCUAUACGCGGCGAGACGAUUGAAUACCGCGACGAAGAAGAGGAAUCCACAACUGAAAGCAUUAGAAGACACGAGCUCAGGGAAGCUGUUCAAAGAACAUACGUUAAGAUACCCGCGGGAUACGAGAAGUUCAUUAACCCACGGAUAUGGACAAUAUAUUCGCUCGAACAAGUGCCUGUGGAUAUCGAACGUAUUGACGCGCUAAACACGGUUAUUUGCGGUAGAAUCGCAGAAUAUACUGCCGAUAAUAAAUAUGGCCAACAACUAUGGUCCGACCUCGCUGAGGACUUUGACGAGUGGACUGGUGAAGACUUCGAAAAUGCCGACAAGGGACUAAUAAAGAAGUUCCGAGACUUCCUCGUCACUAAUGGGGUCUACGUCAACAAGACCCAGAGGGGAACAGUAGCUUCGCGUGUGUAUAACGCCAUCAAGCAAGAGGAAUACGACGUGUGGGACGAGAAAAGGAUAGCAGAUGUGAUCAAGAUGAAUCAAGCCUUCCGCGAGCGCAUGAACAACAAGGACUUCGCGGAGAAUGUUACCGACUCAUACGUGUGUACCUUCAAGAUACCCAUGAAAACCCCGCCGUCGAGCGAGGAAAGCGCAGUGGCAGCAGUAAACAACCCAGCAGAAGCGAGGUCUUCCUUGAACACGAGGCAAUCUUCCUAUAAUAACCCGGAUUUCGUUACUUCAACCGCACGAGACAGCCACCAAUAUACAAGGCAAAGAGAAACGACUAUUCCGCCUGUUCAGUCGCUCGAGUUGACCGACCUUAUCAAGCUUUAUAGCGACGAUACAGAGUCAAAGUACGGUGGAAACGCGUAUGACACUAUCGACUUAAAGUUGCCAGUCUUUUACGACCUUUGCGCGAGCGUCGGAAUUACAAACAAUUAA